AUGUCGGAGAUGGAAUACGAUCAGCUGGAAGAAAUGCAGAAGCAGCUUGCUGUCUUUCCUUUACCCAUGCUUGCUGUGCUGUAUGCUUGCUGUGCUGUCUGUACAUACAGCAUGCCGUGCUGUCCUUCUUCCAAUAGUUUCAUCUGUAACUUUCUGGGAAUCGAGUGUUGGCCUCACGAGAGCAAAGUUGUAAAUAUCAGGCUUUCGGAUUUGGGGCUCAAGGGCCCGUUUCCUCAUGGUGUAGCGAAUUGCACAAGCUUAACAGGAUUAGAUCUUUUGAGCAACAAGCUCAGUGGACCUCUUCCUGAAGAUAUCGGUAGAAUUAUUUCGUUCAUUACAAUUCUUGAUCUCUUUUCUAACAGCUUCUCAGGGCAAAUGAAGGAAGAUUUGUGA